GAGUACAUGUAAUUCACAUAUUAUUAGCAGAAUUUGAUAUUGAUAAAGGUUCAUCCUUAACUCACCAAUAUCCAGUGGCCACUGGUACUGCUGAAAAUCUUUUAGCAGAACUUAUGUUACCAGAUGGUGCACAUUUAAGAACCGAAGAUUGGACCGUGUUUUUCUUGAAUCAAAAGACCCCUGAUCCUGAUAAAAUAAUAUCAUCAUCACUUGAUGAAAUUAAUGUUACAAAAGAUGAAGAUGAAGAUAAUAUGCCUUUGUUGUAUGCUUUGAAUCUUGUAAGAACAAAAGGAGCAGUUGUUAAAGCAAUGGCAAUAUGCACUAGACAUCAAUACUUGCACAUAUAUAAACCAGUGCUUUUAUUGGCACUUGACAAAUAUUUUCAAAAUCCAAGUGUUGAAUGUCUAGCUUUAUUAUAUGAUGCUGUCAACUCGAUGGAUGUCAACAAUAUGCCACACUUUUCACCACAUGAGAAAGUAAUUUUAAGAACUUCUGAGAAUAAAGAUAUUUUUGAAGAAAAAUUCUCUACUUUUGAAACUAAUAAACAUGAAAGCUCCGUGCCACUUACUGUCAAUCCAGAAGAAGUUGGAGACUUCUCAUUAAUAAAAUUAAUAACAACUUUUACACCAUCAUCACCAACCACAUUCACUCAUCCAUUCCAUCCACACUUAGACUCAAGUGGUAAUCAAACUCAUCCGAUAAUUUUACUUUUGAAUGCUCUAUUGACACAGAAAAGAAUCAUUUUUUUGGGUCAAGGUCAUCCAUCUGGCGAAGUGGCUAAUUAUGUAUUGUCUGCUUGUGCUAUGGGAAGUGGUAGUGGUGGCGUACUAAGGGGGUUCACUGAACGUGCAUUUCCCUAUACCAACUUGACAAAUGUUGAUGAUUUAUUAAAGGUACCCGGAUUUAUAGCAGGAGUGACUAAUAGAAUUUUUGAAGAUCAUAGUUCAUGGUGGGAUGUGCUUUGUAAUAUUGAUACUGGCAAGAUAACUGUUAGUAAGGAUAUUUCAACUCCAUCAUAUGGCACAAACCCAGAUGAAAGAUUAGAUGAAUCAACCAAAUCUCCUUCAUCUAGUAAAUCAGAAUCUUGGGGAAGAGAUAAAUGGGACACAACUGAUAAUGAAUUCAUGGCUGAAGUAAUGCAUGCAAUUCAACAUCAUUAUGGUGAAACAACAAUUAGAUGCAAAUUUCAAGAAUAUGUUCAACGUUUUGUACGCUUAACAGCUCUUUACGAGGUUGAGACUUUUGGAUCUACAAAAAUUGAUAUGAUGCCUGAAAAUACUGAUCAUGGUGGCAUCCUUGGUACUGGUCUUGCAUUUCAAGAUGAGAAUUCUAAAUUGAGAGAGGAUUUUCAAAAAUAUUUACGAACUAGAAGCAUUAAAGCAUUUGAUGUCUAUCAUCAAGUCUCCAAACUGAAAAAUCUAAAAAAUAUGCAAGAAGAAGAAGUAGAAACAUUAUAUAAAGCUCUGAUGACAAAUGUUGUAACUGAUGAACAAAUAAUUGAGUUUUUAUCAUAUUUACCACAAAAUCAAGGUGGAUUAUUUCCAAUCGGAUUUGGAUUAUUUUACCCUUUGAAAAGUGUAAGAAAUUAUACAAUUGAAUUAUUUAAUAGAAUAAAUACUCAUACUACCGGUAGUAAAUUUAUUCUAAGUUUAAACUAUUUUCAAAAAUUUGCUUAUGAGAGACAACUGGCCAACCUUCACGAAAAACAACAACAAAUUGAAAUGGCAAGUAGAAUGUCUCAACAAGAUUUUGAUGAUACUGAUAAUGGGGAAAUGGUGAUGGCUCAAUAA